CACCUAGUUUUUAGACUUGAUGAUGUCGUUAUUUCCCUACACGUAAACUGGCAGAUCAAUCCGCCAACCCUGACUGCCUCUACGACUUUCUCCGGACUCCGACGCUUGCCCCGGAGUUCAAAUCCGGCGUGCCAUGUCAGCCAACGCCGCGCAGCGCAAGAAUUAACCUGACGUUGAAAGCUGCCUAGACAUACAGGAUUGUGAGUGCAGAAACAGCAAAUAAUAUGAUUUCCAGCUUUGGUAGCCCUCCCCACAAUCCUCGAUCGCCUUCCGCCCCCACCCCUUUUUCAACCCCCUUUUUUAUCUUCAUUUUCAUUUUCAAAGCAAGAAGAAAAGCAGACACCCUUGUCAUGGUGCCAUUGCACGAUGCCAUUGCAUAAACCUUCGAGCACACCAUGGGAAUCAGAGAAAAGGAGGACGAACGUGGUUGUCAUCGGAGCUGGUGUCGUCGGCUUGACAACCGCACUGGUUCUUUCCAGGAGCCCCAGCCUCAGAGUAACGAUCGUCGCCGAACAUUUUCCCGGCGACAGCCAUCCCAUGUACGCAUCGCCAUGGGCUGGUGCCAACUAUCUGCCAUUCUCGCAGCGCGGGACGCUAGAACAUAGCUUGGAACGCGAUACCUGGUUACCGCUGGCCCUGCUUGCAUCUGAGCUCCCUGAGGCUGGGGUUCACUUUCAAGAUGUCAUACUCUACACUCGUCAACAGGACGUAGCACGGGGUCUGGACUCGUCACUAUUGUCCAACCUGCACUCGCCUGACCCUUGGUUCAAAGACAUGGUCCCAGAUUUUCGGCUUCUGGACCCAACAUCUGAUGACCCUCCCGAUACGGCAUACACUACCCGGUUCAAAUCCGUGUGUAUAAACCCCGCCAUCUAUCUCCCUUGGCUCCACGGCCAAUGCCUCAAGCGUGGUGUCCGUGCGAAACGGGCCACUUUGGCCCAUAUUCAUGACGCAGCUGCAAUGUUCAGCAACACAGACACGGUCGUGAACUGCACCGGUCUGGGCGCUUGUUCACUUGGUGGUGUGAAGGAUGAAACCAUGGUACCGAUCCGCGGACAGACGGCACUCGUUGCACAAGAGGCUUCCCACAUGCUCACCGUUUCUGGGUCAGAGGACGGGAACGACUCAGAGCUGACGUACGCGAUGAAGAGGGCAGGAGGGGGCGGCACAGUGGUAGGCGGGUGCUACGCGCCAACGGCCUUUGAGGAUAUCAAGAAGGCGGCCGCUCCGGACGAUCACCUUGCACGGCGCUUUCUGCAUCGGUGGGUAAAAUACGACAAGGUAAUGGAAGGAGUUGGGCUGGCGGACGUGAUAGAGCACCGUGUCGGAUUCAGGCCAUCUCGAAAAGGCGGCAUCAGACUGGAACCAGCCAUCAUUGAUGGGUUGAAGGUUGUGCACUGCUAUGGGCAUGGAGGCUACGGGUAUCAGACUAGUUGGGGGUGCGCAGAAAGGGUGCGACAAAUAGUGGUAGACGAGGUAAAAGGGACCAAGCAUUCACACAGGCUCUCCCGGCUGUAAGCAUAGAUAACAUUUAUGUGAGCUCCUCGAGUCCUUGGAGAUAGCUGCCC